CCAUCCUUACCAGCAGCGGCCAGCUACCGGGCCAGGAGCCACCACCACCACUAGCGGCCAGCUACCAGGCUAGGCCAGGAGCCAAGCUAACACUGGAGACAUGGCAACUAAAAAACUUGCAGAAGACAUGGAAGAAGUUAAGAAGUCUUUGAACUUUAUGUCUGAGGAACUAAGCAAGGUGGCAAAACAACAGACGGGACUACUGGAUUUAAUUGAGGAAAUGCGGAAAUUGAAGGAGGUGAUCAGGGAAAAAGACAAGAAAAUAGACGAACUGGAAAGAAGAGUUGAAGAUCUGGAGCAGUGCAUAAGGAUGGAUGAUCUAAUGAUAACAGGACUAAAGACAAACCAUUGCACUUAUGCAAGCAUCACAGCAGGUGACAAGGACGGACUAACAUUGAGGGUCAAACAAACUCUUAAAGACUUCAUCACUGUCAAAUCCCAGAUCAGCAGCAGCUAUCACGUCCUGACCUCCGACACCACUGACUCUAAAUCUUCUCGCAAUGAGGACUUCACCAGACCGCAUUUGCCCGACGUGAGGACGAUCACCGACAGAAACGAGUUCAUCUGGUAUUUCUGUGAUCUCACCCUGGACCCGAACUCGGCUCAUCAGAAACUCCGUCUGUCCAAUGGGAACAAGACGGCGACGUGUGGAGGCGUGAAUUCAUAUCCUCAAAAGCCCGAAAGGUUUAUCAGACCUGAACAGGUCAUGUGCAGGGAGGAGCUUAACAGGCGCCAUUACUGGGAGGUGGACUGGAGCAACAGCAGCAAUGACGACGUCGGCGUUGGUGUGGCGUACAAAAGCCUGAACAGGUAUGAUGGCUACCUCGGCGGAGAUACCAAGUCCUGGCUCUUCGUCAACAGGUAUGGGUCAUACUACCGCCUUCAUGGUGAAGAGCAGAAAGUGGCCGUUCCUUCUGGCGACUUCAGACGAAUCGGUGUGUUCCUGGACUGGCCUGCGGGGACGCUGUCCUACUACAAAGUGUCCUCCAACACCCUCACCCACCUCCACACCUUCUACAACACCUUCACUGAGCCUGUGUUCACUGCCUUCUUUGUUGGCACAGACUCCAGCUACGUCACCCUCCACCCUUUUAACUAAACGGACACUUUCAUUUGGUGUUUUUUGCUGCAGAAAAGCAUCACAGAAGUGGGCGUGGUUAAAAUGGCUGGAGUUAAGACCGGCGCUGAUUCAGAUUUAGAUGGUUUUUAGCUCCUCUGAUCAUAGGACAUGAGCUGUUGUAGAGGCGCCGCCUUCGUCACAGUCUUCGGUGGCAUCUUUGUCACUGUCUUCCUCACCUUCUUUGUCACCAUCUUCAUAACCGUCUUCCUUACCGUCAUCAUAACCAUCUUCCUCACAGUCAUCAUAACAGUCUUCAUAACCAUCUUCGUCACCGUCUUCAUAACCAUCUUUGUCACCGUCUUCCUCACUUCUUCCUCACCAUCUUCAUAACCGUCUUCCUCACCAUCUUCCUCACCGUCUUCCUCACCGUCUUCAUAACUAUCUUCCUCACCGUCAUCAUAACUGUUUUCAUUACCGUCUUCAUCGCCGUCUUCAUAACCUUCUUCAUAACUGUCUUCGUAACCAUCUUCCUAACCAUCUUCAUAGCCAUGUUCGUAACCGUCUUCGUAACUGUCUUCAUUACCAUCUUCAUAACCUUCUUUGUCUUUAUUAACAAUUUCUUCAAACAUCUUCUCCAAAACUACUUAGUCAGAAAUUUUGUUUCUUAACCCUAUAACACCAAAUGUAUCAUAUUUGAUCCAUGAGUUUUGA